AUGAGUAACAGAUCUAAGCUUCAACCUGCUGCUCGGGUCGCUGCACAAAAGCAAGAUGUUUGGUCAAUUGUCAAUGAGGGUGCUGCCGCCUCUCCCAAACAACCCAUUGUAAACAUGGGCCAAGGGUUUUUUGGAUAUAAUCCUCCUAAGUUUAUUCUCGAUGCCGCCAAGGCAGCUCUUGAUAAGGUAGAAUGCAACCAAUAUUCGCCAACGAAGGGCCGCCCCCGUCUCAAGCAAGCAAUUGCAGACUCAUACUCGCCCUUGUGGGGAAGAAAGCUGGACCCAGAGACGGAGAUCACCAUCACAACGGGUGCAAACGAAGGCAUGCUUAGUGCCUUCAUGGGUUUCAUCGAAGAAGGAGACGAGGUUAUAAUAUUUGAGCCAUUCUUUGACCAAUACAUCAGCAACAUAGAAAUGCCAGGUGGAAAGAUCCGUUACGUACCUCUACAUCCACCUGAAAAAGGAGCGACUCAAAAUACUUCUGCGGGCGAAUGGACAAUAGACUUUGCCGAGCUCGAGGCAGCCAUCACACCUAAGACGAAGAUGAUCGUUCUAAACACACCCCACAAUCCGGUUGGAAAGGUCUUCUCAAAAGAGGAAUUGCUUAAGAUUGGAGAACUUUGCGUUAAGAACGACAUUAUCAUUCUCUCCGACGAAGUAUAUGACAGACUCUACUAUACGCCAUUUACCAGAAUCGCAACGUUAUCUCCAGAAAUCGAGAGACUUACACUUACAGUUGGGUCUGCGGGGAAGAACUUUUACGCUACUGGAUGGCGUGUUGGUUGGUUGAUCGGACCACCACACCUGAUCCAAUAUGUUGCAGCAGCACAUACACGAAUCUGCUAUUCUUCUGUGUCUCCCUUACAAGAAGCUGCGGCUGUUGGGUUUGAAGAAGCUGAUGCCAACAACUUUUGGGAGUCGGCGGUAACGGAGAUGAAGGGUAAGAUGAAUCUAUUCAACAAAAUUUGGAAAGAAUUGGAUCUUCCUUUCUCCGAUCCCGAGGGAGGUUAUUUCGUUCUGGUGAACAUGAAGAAGGUCAAGAUUCCAUCGGACUAUCCAUUUCCCGAUCACGUUAAGGAUCGUCCAAGAGAUUUUAGAUUAAGUUGGUUUUUGAUACAGGAGGUUGGCGUAGCUGCUAUUCCUCCAACCGAGUUUUACACAGAUGAGAAUGCUCAUAUUGGUGAGGACUGGCUACGGUUUGCGGUAUGCAAAGAGGAUAAAGUACUUGAAUCCGCAAAGGAGAGGUUAAGGGACCUGAAAAAGCCCCCUAUGGUAAUGGAUACUGAUAAUAUCAAGGUAACAUUCCAAAGUAAUGUCUUUAGAGAGUAUUGCUUGUACAUUCUGGACCUUACGGGCAAGUCAAAUAAACAAUUGUCACCGUCACUUCAUAUGGAUUCUACCAUCUCCAGUUCCAAAAUCAUGCAGACAGUCAAAAACACCAUCGCCGAGAACUUCGGUAGCACACACUUCCUUGCAAAGCCAGAGCACCAAUUCACCCUCGAGGAUUGCCCUGACCAAAGUGGAAAAGUAGCAGUCAUCACCGGUGGCAGUGAAGGUAUCGGCUAUGGUUGUGCACACACCCUUCUAAAAAACAAUCUCGCGAAGCUUUUUAUCAUUGCUGUAUCCCAGGAAGUCUACGAUGGUGCUGUAGAAGAUAUUUCCAAGACUAUCUCACCCGAGGCAGCUCAAAAAUGUACAUUUCUUAAGUGUGAUAUGUCCGAUUGGCCGGCUGUCUGCAAGGUUGCUCAAACAAUAUCCGACAGCACAGAUAGAAUCGAUAUCUUGUGCAAUCUUGCUGCGCGAGGUAUCAUGACAUAUCAACUUACCGACUAUGGUCUCGAUAGACAUAUGGCUGUCAAUCAUUUUGGCCACGUUGUUCUCACUAGUCAUUUGAUGCCAAUCCUCAAGAAAACAGCAGAGGCUGGACAUACUGUCAGAAUCGCCAACAUGGCAUCAAAUGCUCAUGCAGCUACACCUAGCGAUUGCAAGUUCGCAAGUCAGGAUGAAUUGAAUACUGAUUUGGGACCAAAUGGACAAUACGGGAGAUCCAAGUUAGCCGCUAUGCUUUAUUCUCGCUACUUGGCUCGUCAUCUCACUUCCAAAUAUCCUAAAAUCUUGGUCAACUCUAUGCAUCCAGGAUUUGUCGAUACAAAGAUGUCGCAGGUUGAUAUUCAUGAACCGUAUCCAACGCUUGGGUAUGGUAUGUCUGUCCUGAUGAAGCCCUUAAAGAAGGAUCAGUGGGAUGGCUGUAUCAGUACCCUAUUCGCCAGUACUGCAGUCGAAGAAAGUGGAUUGUAUAUUUGUCCGCCAGCUAUCCCGGAGCCGGGAAGCUCUUUAUCACAAGACGAGGAGUUGGGCGAGCAAUUGAUGAAGUUGACAAAGGAGAUCAUCGUUGGUAAAAUGCCCAAGAAGAGUGUCGAUCAGGGAUGCCCACUUCAUCUUUAUUGA